AUGACAACAAAUUAAUCGUAGCAAAAAAAUAAAAAAGAGUUUCCAUUUCCUAGUAUUACUCUAGCAAUUCAAUAUAUAUAAACACUUCACUCUCCUUCAAAAUUCAUUGUCUCUUUCUCUCUACUCUCAUCCUUGACUUCAUCAUCAUCAUCACUACAACAAUGGCGAUUCUUCAAUCUUUCAUCGAAGUCCAUCCAGAUUCUCACUUCCCCAUACAAAAUCUUCCAUACGGAAUCUUCAAACCACAACCCACUUCUUCUCCUCGUCCUGGCGUAGCCAUCGGUGACUUCGUUCUCGACCUCUCUGAGAUCUCUUCUGCUGGUCUCUUCAAUGGCCCUCUUCUUAAUAACUCCGAUUCCUUUCAACAGCCUAAUCUAAAUAAGUUUGUAUCACUCGGAAGGCCAGCAUGGAAGGAAGCUCGUGCUACUCUUCAAAAACUCUUAUCAUCAACUGAGCCAACUUUGAGAGACAAUGCAGUUCUGAGGCAGAAAGCACUUGUGCCUUUGAGUCAAGUAGAAUUGCUUCUCCCUGUUGCAGUUGGGGACUAUACAGACUUCUUUUCGUCUCUACAUCAUACUAAAAAUUGUGGACUCAUUUUUCGCGGACCGCAGACUCCUGUUCUAGAGAAUUGGUAUCACUUGCCGGUUGCUUAUCAUGGAAGAGCAUCUUCUGUUGUUGUUUCCGGAACAGAUAUUGUUAGACCAAGAGGUCAAGCUCAUCCUGCCGGAAACCCUUCGCCUUACUUCGGCCCUACAUUGAAGCUUGACUUUGAGUUAGAAAUGGCUACUAUUGUCGGACCUGGAAAUGAACUGGGAAAACCUGUGGAUGUUAACAACGCCGAAGAUCAUAUCUUUGGACUUGUUCUACUGAAUGAUUGGAGUGCUCGAGAUAUCCAGGCAUGGGAAUAUGUUCCUCUUGGUCCAUUUCUUGGCAAAAAUUUCGCUACGUCGAUAUCACCUUGGAUUGUGACCUUGGACGCAUUAGAACCUUUUGCUUGUGAAGCUCCAAAACAGGAUCCUGCUCCACUUCCUUACUUGGCUGAAAAAGUAUCCAAAAACUAUGAUCUUUCACUAGAGGUUCACAUUAAACCUGUCGAUCACAAAGAUUCAAGCGUUGUGACACGGAGUAACCUCAAGCACUUAUAUUGGACAUUGACUCAACAACUUGCUCACCACACAAUCAAUGGUUGCAACUUGAGGCCAGGCGAUGUCCUUGGAACCGGGACAAUUAGUGGCCCCGAGCCAGAAGCUCGUGGAUGCUUACUAGAGUUAACCUGGAAUGGACAAAAUUCACUCUCCUUGAAUGGGUUAGAUAGAAAAUUUCUUGAAGAUGGAGAUGAAGUCAUCUUAACUGGAUAUUCCAAGGGAGACGGUUACACUAUUGGGUUUGGUACGUGUUCGGGCAAGAUUGUUCCAGCAGCACCGUGAGGGCAAGUAUUUUUUCCACGCUCUUUUCCAGUGUGUGGUAUGGUGUUGGUCGUUGAAGCUAUAGAAUCAUGAAGCCCUAUGUGAUCUUACAUCUGAAUUGUUAACUGUUUUCUGCUGUAAUUUAUUCAUUACUUGACUUCGGAAAGUGACUUGAAUAAAACCGGCUUCUAUGAGGAUUGUUAAGUGCUUUUAAUAAUGGUCAUAACGUUCUUUAGCUAGUUA